UUUCAGGCUAUAGAAUCAUGUCGGCCAAUCCAGCUACAGUACCAGAUCUCGAUCUGGAGGACGAGCAGUAUGACUCUGCCGAUGACGAAGACUUCCAGGUAGAAGCGGCCCAAGAAGACGACGACCUCACUGGUUCCGAUAGCGACGACGAGCCCAUCGAGCCCGCAACCAAAAAGCGCAAGGCGGGAAACAAGGCACUGAAACAGGAAGAUAAUAAUCUCGACUCGGGCGACGAAGCGACGAUUCAAAAGGCUAAGUCGAAAAAAGCCAAAAAGCAGAAAGGAAAGGACGAAGACGGGGACGAUGAGGAUGAUGUUGGUGUUGAUUUUGACGACGAGGAGGGUGGUCCUGGCGGCUUCGUUCGGACACGCGCCAUGAAGAUGCGAACCCAGGAAGAGCGGAAACCUCUCGCGAAGAUCGAUGGAGCAACUGUCGAUGUCGAUGCGCUGUGGGAGAAGAUGAAUGCCCCUGAUACAACUUUGGGACCGAAUCCUGAGCAGACUGAGCAGAAAAACGAUCCUUCGGUCGAAGAAAACAAAGACACGGAGAUGCGUGAUGGCGAAAGCCCCGUCACUGAAGAAAAGCGACAAGCUAGUCAAUACUCAGAGGAAAUGGUGAAGAUCAAACGUACCUAUAAAUUCGCGGGCGAAUGGAUUACGGAAGAGAAGGUCGUCCCUAAAGAUUCAGCGGAGGCCAAGCUUUAUAUGGCCAACGAAAAGGAUGUCGAAACAGUAACCGCCACCGAGAACGCCGCAGUUUCUAAAGAAACUAUCAAAAUCCGCAGGCCCCUUCGGAAGGUCUCCCGCUUCGACCCAAACCCUACUGGAUCCAUCAAGAAAAGCUGGGACAAGCAGCCUAUCGCAGAAACAACACAAGAGAACGCUCGUGGCCCCAAGAUCAACACCGUCGAGAAGUCGCGCUUGGAUUGGGCUGCGUACGUCGAUCAAGCCGGCAUCAAGGACGAGCUCAAAACUCACAGCAAGGCAAAGGAAGGUUUCCUUGGUCGUAUGGACUUCUUGGAUCGUGUUGGUGCCAAGCAAGAGGAAGAGAGGAGAAACAUGCGCUUGAAGGGGUUGUAAAGGACUUGCUUAACCUCUUUUUUUUUUUUGUUUUCGCUUCGACGCGUGCAGAUUGGUACAGCUUGGAACAGCUUUGCUGUAUCCAACACAUAUAUUCCGAUCUGUUUACUGGCCCAUUGAACCUGCGUUGCCCUCUCGAGCUUCGAACGAAGAUCAGUAUACAUGAGAAUGCUCCGCGGAAUUGGAUGACGAAAACCUAACACCCUCGGUGCUCAUGUUGGUGAUGAGCUUGCUGACUAUCAGCUCGAAGGGCAUCCGUACGUGUGUCGUCUGCUACUGUUGAACGGUAGUAGUUAACUCAGACUAGUAAAGACACACGUAUUGCACAUGCCACCCCCCUACAAUUAUAGGGACGUCCGAUCGUUCCGGACAGCCAUCGUUUGGUCGAAAUGAUACAACAUCAAGAAAUGGCUGUAUCAUGCUGAUAGCCUCAAUGUCUUCGCAUCGCUUCAAGUACGAUUCUCAUUUGUACGGCGCGAGGGCACCCACACUGUAACUA